GUCUGGUUCGUAAACCACUAAUACGAGUACAACCGUGUGUUGAAAUUUUCGUAGUUAGGUGAAGUUUCUGUUGCACAAUACAAUCACCGAAAGCUCCACUCUCCAAAAAAAUGUCUCGCCACCCCUCCAAGACCGAUCUCCUAGUUACAGCCGUAAAUUCAAACAACUUAUACCUUCUCACCAAAUGCUUGGAGCAUGGAGCAGACAUCAAUGCAACCUGGCCUUUAGCUGACUGCUCCAUUUUUUCAAAAGCUGUGGAAAAAGACAAUUUCGAAAUAAUUCAGUACCUCAUAAAAAAAUCUCCUGACCUUCAUUGCAACACUACUAACAAAAUCACGCCAUUGAUAGUUGCCAUACGAAAUAAUUGUUCUUUACAAGUUAUAGACAUGUUGAUAAAAAGAGGAGCCAAUGUCAAUGAAAAAGACGCAUUUGGACGUACUCCACUGAACGAAGCACUGUCUUUGAACAAAGACGAAAUUGUCCAGUUGUUGCUGGUGAGUGGUGCCGAUGUUAAUCAGUGUGAUGAUUGUGGAAGACUUCCCAUCACUCUUGCAGUAGUUAACAAUAGACUUAAAGUUGUCAAACUUCUGUUUUCCAAAGGUGCUGAUAUCAAUCAGUGUGGCCGCAAUGGGGAUUCUGCACUUGCAUUAGCACGAAGGUUAAAUGACUCCAGUAUUUUGAACUAUUUUGAAAAAAAAAUAGCCGCUAGAACUGCGAGGCAGAAAGAGUUUGUAAAUUACAACCACGUAAAGUCUUCGGGGACAAGAAAAGCUACGAUAAAAUUAGUCCCCAAAGUAGAAACAGUUCCAAAAGAAGAACAAACAUCAGAAGAUGCGCUUAAAGAAGAAACCUUGCAAGACGUAACAAGUUUUCUUCAAGGAAAAAAUGUUAAUCAAACUGACGAUCAAGGAUUCACCCUAUUGGCAAGAGCUAUCCAAUCACAGAACAUCAAAGUGGUCGAGUGUCUUCUUACUUUAAACGCCAACUCUUGUAAAACUGUCAAUGGUCAAACUCCUCUUCAGCUCGCCGUGAAGACACAAAACUUGCAAAUUGUACAACUGUUGCUACAACACGGAGCUGAACACACCAUCCAAACAGCCCUUUUUGAAGCCGUGAUUUUGGGGCACUUACAAAUUGUCAAUUUUUUGAUCACGAAAAAUGUUGAGCUCAAUGUGAUUUACAGAAAUGGGUAUACUGUUUUAACGAAAGCUAUCGAAACUGGGGAUGUUAACAUUGUGAAGAUAUUAGUGGAAAAGGGAGCAAGUGUAAAUAUGCCUGAUAAAAGCGGAAAAGUGCCCUUAAUCAGAGCUUUAGAAACUGGUAAUGGAGAUAUUUCGUCAUACUUGAGCGAUAAAGGUGCCACCAUUAACAACGGGGACAAUAAUCUUUCGUAUUUUCAACAGUUGUUAGAAGACAAUAAUUUGACAACGGUGAAAGCUUUCGUCGAGUUAUUGAAGAUCGACGUAGAUGUUAUUUUUGAAACUGGAUUUUCUCCUGUGACGAAAGCUGUGGAACGGCGGAAUCUACAAAUGGUGGAAUAUUUUCUGUCACGAAAGAAUGAUAUUAAGGAUAAAGUUGAUGGCAAUAAGAAGUGUCCAUUGUCUAUUGCUGCAGUAAACGAAGAUCUUCCAAUGGUGAAGUUUUUGAUAAAUUCAGGGGUUGACGUUAGUGCGGCGAAAAAUGAAAUAGAAGAGUAUGCAAAUAUUUGUGAAGAUUUUGCCAUUUACUUAGAAAUAAGAGAAGGAAAAUACGUAUCAUGGAAGCAAAAUGGAAACUGAAUUUAUGAUUUUGUAAUUGACAGGGUGAAUUAUCUGUGUUAUUAAUUUUACCUAGGGUAGUAUUUUAAAUAAAGUAUUCAUAUGUUGUGGAA